CAAAUUUCUACCUCUAUUUUUUUAUUUCUUCCCCAAUUUCAAAUUUAUUCUAUUAUUAUAAACAUGUCCUCACACGGAAGCAAGUCGCCCGAAGAUACAUUUGGUGCUGACUACGACGACAAAUCAGAACGCGGACGCACGCCGCCUGCGGACAAAAUUGCCGAUGACACAAGUGUAGAUGCACCCGCUGAGAAGACACAGGAUCUGUUUGGCGAUGACUCGGACUUGGAAGCUGCGGACGAAGCUGCUGCAGAGACCAAAAGCCCCAAAGAGGCUGGCGACAGCGCCGCGACAAAAGAGUACAGCGAAGAGAAAGAUGAUGGUUCUAGUGAUAACGACAAUGCUGAAAAGUCAGACGCGCGUGUCCACCCUGAUUCCCGCAGUGAUGGCGAGGAAAAUGACGCUGCCACAGAUGGCACUGAUUACUCGGAGCGUCGGGCUGGUAAUGGCGCUGCUAGCGAUGGUGAAGAUGCUGAAGAGGCCGAAGAGGCGCCCCAGCCUGUGGACCCAAAGCAGGCGGAGAUUGACGAGAUGAACCAGAAGAUUGACUCGGUACUUAAGUCCGGACGCAGCCGCAGACGCAAGAGAACAGACGAGGACGACGCUUCAGUGGACGAGAUAAUUGUCGAGCUGCGCAAGCGCAUGCGUGACGCCGCCUACCGUGAUAUCGACGACAAUAAGGACCGCCUGCCAGCAAUUCACAAGCUGUCAAUGCUCCCCGAUGUGGUCGAUGAGCUCGGAAAGACACAGCUCUACGAGGCUUUUUUGGACAACAACAUUGUGGACUCGAUAAGGCUCUGGCUCGAGCCGCUGGACGACGGCAGCUUGCCCAGUCUCGAUAUCCAGAAUGCCAUGCUGGACAUCCUGAAGAAGUUGCCCGUGCGUCGCGAUCACCUGCGCGAGAGCGGCAUUGGUAAGAUUAUCCUUUUCAUGAGCAAGUGCCCGCGCAUCCCCGAGAUCAACCGCCGGAUUUGCGAGCAGUUUGUACAGCAGUGGUCGCGCAUGGUCUUGCGCCUUAGCUCUGACUUCCGCGACAGGAAGAUUAGAGAGGCCUCUGUCGAUAUGGGUCGCAGGCAAUUCACUGCCGCACGCCCGAACGCUGCCACUGCGAACCGCAGGACGCCUGGCGGCAUCCAGAUUGAGAGCGGCAGCGGCAGGGACGGUGAUAGGGCGACCGCGCGCAUUCCUCAGCGCGUGGCUGCAGACUACACGGUUAUGCCGGUGUCCUCGCACGUAGCUGUUCAGCCCGCAUCCAGCCGCAACAUCAGCGAAAAGUUCAAGAGGCUGAAGCAGGCAAUCAGCAAGAGCGGUCGCUGAGCGCAUGUAGAUGCAAAGUGUAUUUUUUUCUUGGUGGUGAAUUUUUGAAGAAAAAAAAAAGUUUUAUCUUUUUCUGCCUUUGGAUAUUUUCAUUUUUUUCAACUGCCAAAUAAAUCAUUUGUUGUUAAUAA